UAAAUGAUACCAUCGAUUAUUCUGUCUUUAUCCCAGGCUGUCAUAGUGUCAACAAUAACGGUUUUGGGCCCUUUGAUGAGCACGCAGGAGCAAUUGGCCUCCAUUCUCUCUUUAUCCAGCUUGUUGGAGUACCCCUCGAACAGAACAAUCACCUCAGACAUGAUUUCUUUCCGUGAAAAUCUACUCGUGAUCGAUUUGGGUCUAACAAGCGGGACAUUCACCGGUGGAAGAGAACGACGUGUGGAAUUCGAGGUUAUGUUCAAAAAGAGUUGUUGACGUUGUGCCCAGUUGUGUCAUGUUGUGUUUGUGAACUAGUUUUCUUCGAGAAAACCUUGAUAAUUAGUUGAACUAAUGAAUGUGGAUAUAAUUUCGGGAGAAUGAAAUUGUACUGUCUAUCGAGUGAGCCAACAAAGCCAUGUCUAGUCCUGACCUUCAAGGGAAUCACCCUGAUGUUGGACUGCGGCCUGAACAUGCAGUCAAUCCUGAACUUCCUGCCCAUGCCGGUGGUCCCCAGUGCGAAAUUCAACGCCCUCCCGAACUGGCUGCCCCGCGACAACCACCAGGACUGGCAGAUAGAGGGUGAGCUGAAGGACUGCUGCGGCAGGAUCUUCGUCGACUCGACCCCCGAGUUCGCGCCCCCCCUCGAGAAAAUCGUCGACUUCUCCGAGAUCGACGCCAUCCUCAUAUCGAAUUACACGUGCAUGCUGGCCCUGCCCUUCGUCACCGAGGGGACGGGCUUCAAGGGCAUUGUCUACGCCACCGAGCCGACCCUGCAGAUCGGCAAAUUCUUCAUGGAGGAGCUCGUGGAGUACAUUGAGCAGACCCCCAGGGCGACCCUGGCCAAGCACUGGAAGGAGAUGCUCCACGUUCUCCCCUCGCCCCUGGCUGACGCCCUCAAACCCAAGUCCUGGAGGCACUUGUACUCGAUGGCAGCUGUCAACUCGGCCCUGGCGAAUAUCCAGCUGGUGGGGUACGACCAGAAGCUGGACAUCUAUGGGGCACUCACUGUCACCCCCAUCAGCUCUGGCUACUGCCUGGGCAGCAGCAACUGGCUCAUCUCCUGCGAUCACGAGAAAGUGGCGUUUGUCAGUGGCUCCUCCACCCUCACCACUCAUCCCAGACCCAUGGAGCAGGUCACACUCAAACACGCCAAUGUGCUCAUUCUCACUGGACUCACCCAGACACCCACUGCCAACCCUGAUACUAUGCUCGGGGAACUCUGCAUGACUGUUGCCAUGACCCUGCGGAGUGGAGGCUGCGUGUUGAUCCCCUGCUACCCGUCAGGAGUGGUUUAUGACCUCUUCGAGUGCCUCAGCACUCACCUGGACAAGUCAGGCUUCACCCAGAUUCCCCUCUUCUUCAUUUCUCCAGUGGCUGAAACCUCCCUCGCCUACUCGAACAUCCUCGCCGAGUGGCUGUCGACGAGCAAACAGAACAAAGUGUACCUCCCCGAGGAGCCCUUUCCCCACGCAUUCCUCGUGAAAAAUGCCAGACUGAAGCACUUCACGUCCACCUGGGCCGAGGGCUUCAGCACGGACUAUCGUCAGCCCUGCGUCGUUUUCUGCGGACACCCCAGUCUCCGGUUCGGCGAUGCUGUGCAUUUUGUGCAGCUCUGGGGAAACAAUCCUCAGCACACCAUCAUAUUCACGGAGCCGGACUUUCCGUAUUUGGAGGCACUCGCGCCGUUUCAACCACUGGCUAUGAAGGCUGUUCACUGCCCCAUUGACACUUCACUGAAUUUCACACAGGCGAACAAGUUGAUUAGGGAUCUCAAGCCGGAGAAUCUUGUUGUGCCUGAGAGCUACACACAGCCACCCUAUUCUGCUCCGCACAGACUUGAUCUUGUUAUUGAACCUGUUGGGGAAAGUCCCUUAAUCACCUUCAAACGUGGUGAAGUGAUAAAACUUCCCCUGAAACGAAAAAAGGGUCGAGUAUUCAUCGAGCCUGACCUGGCUGGCAAUAUAAUUCCAAAUGAAAUUCGUCCAGGGUUGAGUGUGGCGUCUGUCACUGGUGAACUCCAAGUGAAAGACAACGUCUAUACGAUAAAGGGUCUCGACGACAGAAUAAUCGGAAAGCGAAGGGCCUCGGAUUCAUCAGCCCCCGACAAGUACCAAGUGCUGAAGGAGAGGAAGCACGAGUACGGGAAUAUAGAUCCCCAGGAGCUUCUCCAGAAAUUGAAUCAGGAGGGAAUCACAGGGGGAAAGUUGCAGCACAGCUCUACCUCCACGAACAUCAUCUUGGAUGACGACACCAUGAUACAAAUAGGUGAUAACUCAACACACAUAUUCUGCAAUGGAAACCAAAGCCUUCGGCGAAGGCUCAGAACAGUAAUAAUGCAGUGCCUGAAACGCUUUUAACAAAUGUACAAAGAAUGACUGAUUAAUCUACGAUUCAUCGAGUGAACCAGGAGUAUUGAUGAAUAACAACGAGUAUUUUUCAAAUUCAUAAAGCAUUUUAAUCAUUUCCCCCUCAAUCAUCACCUCACAACUGAU